UUAUUAAUCAAAUAUUUUUAGAAUUUCAGAACCAAUAUAUAUGAAUACAAAGGCCCUUAGUUUAUAAAAGAAUAGAGUGAAUUCUGAACAAUGGAAAUUAUUGCAAAGAGAUCCCUAAUUACUUAAAUUAGCCCAACAAUUAAACAGAAAUCGAACACAAUCAAAUAUUUCAACGCAGAAACAAGUCAAACCAGGCAAUUAAACUGUCUCCAGAAUCAAAUUGGACUCUCUAAAAGUCGAUAGUCUCGAUGAUCCUCCAUGUUAACAAGAAGAACAAGCUAAAUUAAAAUAGACUAUUACAAGUAGAUCUGCUCAAUUCACCAGAAAAGUCAACUUGAACAAUCACAUGCCAAUAAAGAAAGUCCAUCAUGGGAAUUACUUUUUUGAUAAAAUUAAAGAAAUUUUAAUGAGUGACCUAAGAGACAAUUCACCUAUAAAAAAAAUGGGUAGGGAUGCUCUUAAUCAAAUUCAUAUGAUGAUUACAUAUCAAGAAUUUAUCCCUGAAGUUUCUCUAUAAUAUUAAGGGAAAUCAUAAAAAAAGUUAAAAAUAGCCUUUGAUCUCGAUGAGACUCUCAUUCACACAGAACCAAUACAAAAGGAUAAAGUAUAUGAUUAUCAAAACAAUGAAUUCGGAGUUUUUAUUAGACCCUACUGUCGCCAUGUGCUAAAAGAAUUGAGUCUAUUGGCCGAUUUAUUUGUUUUUACCUCUGCUAAUUAAAAAUAUGCAAAGACAAUAAUCAAUCUCAUUGAUCCAGAAAACACAUACUUUAAAGGACAUUUUUGUAGAAAUCACUGCAUUACUCUAUAAAGCAGGAUUUAACUCAAACAUUUAGGAAUUUUAUCAAACGACUUUUCAAACAUAGUAAUAAUAGACAACAGUCCAAUAUUUUAUAUGGGUUAGCCAUAUAAUGGAAUACCAAUAGCUCCGUAUAUUGAUGAUAAAAAUGAUAAUGAACUACUGAAAUUGUUAAAUUUUGUUACUGAAAAAAUUUUAUAAUCAGACGAUGUUAGAAUUACAAUUAGACGAUUCUUUCAAUACGAUAUGUUUAGACAAUUUUCCGAUGGAGUCUAAGCAUUCAACAUUUUAUAUAAUUGA